AGUCGGAGGCUUGUGACAGAAGCUUGGCUGAAUCUUGCGGAGGAAGAUUCUUCCAUCGCAAGCUUCUAGCGCUAUAUAAUCGACGCUGGGCAACCCAAAUGUAUUGACCCACUCAGUUGAUCCUAUCUGUUGUGAACCACAAACACUAUGGCGGAUGACAACCUCACCACCGCCGCGAUCUUCCAGUGGGUGAGUAGUAGUAGAGCUAGGCUACUGAUCGACGAUGAUGACGACACCACCGUCGUCGGUCACAUCAUCCACGAAGAAGAAGCAAGGCGCCGGGAAGGCGGGAGGCGUGGUUCCGUUCCCGGUCACAUCGUGAUCGACCGGGAACAUGGUUCUGGGCAUGCAAGGAUCAUGGCGGACUACUUUGUAGAGAACCCGGUGUACACUGAUGCUCAAUUCCGCCGCCGGUACCGAAUGAGGCGUGUACGACAGCAAUGGUCCACCGGUGCAGCCUUUCAGGUCUGGUACUCGCGAGCAGACUGAUUUCAUCGCGGCCCACCAUAGGCUACGUGACCGUGACACGGCACACAAGCUCAAGCGCGACCACAUCGAGCAUAUUUGGUCCUUGUUUGGGUCUUCUUAGCUGUAUGAUGUCUGCUAGUUCCUUCGGAUUUACAUAUGAAGUACCUUAGGCUUGUAUUUGAAUAAUGUAGUCAUCUGUUGUCUUCAUGUUGAGAGUAGAUGUUCCAUGUGUUUGUUA